GCUUCACAGUUUUGCUGAUAAAUAUAAAAUCUUAGUAGCAUAUAAACCAAAAGGGCAGUCAAAUAUCCCUUGAAAUAAUGGUACAAAAGUUGAAAAAACAAAUUGACUGCAGCCACCACACAUUAAACCACGUCUUUUCUUCUUCAUGCAGGAUCGUAGUGUAAACGUAUGAUUUGGCUCAAAUGCAAUGACGGCCAUAUAAAUGACGUCAUAAUGAGGUAGGGUUCUGCGCCAGCUACAAUCUGUUGGUAAUCAUUAAUUUGACGAUUUAAUAAAGGAGAGCCAGAGAUUCUUUAUUUGAGUGAUGCUGAAAACAUGAGCAAAUCCAUCUUGUUAAUAAGUCUUGAUAUCAUCCUCGAUCGAUAAUUUCAAAUACUGCCUUUUCUCGAUUUCUACAGUUUCUCACUUUAAUUUGCUUAUAGCGCUCCACACUGAUUAACACGCGGUAGUAUCAUAGGUCAUGUUUGAACAGGAGGCGACUGGAUUUUAGAAAAUGGCGUCGAUGCUGUUUGUGUGCACAGUCUCGGCCUGUCCUCGAGUCGAGUCUGGCAUGCUGUAGGUUUAUAACGUCAGCUGAAUCCAGCCGCCAUAACAGUACACGUAACGGAACAGAAAAUGGCAGGAGCUUUAGCGAUGGCUGGACUUUACAUGGCGUUUGUCACAUGGACUGCACAGGGACUGAACAUCACACGUCAGCCAGCUAAUGUGGAGGGUACUCAAGGACUGACACACCGUCUUAGUAUGGAAGUUGGGGUGAGCGGCUUGAACACGACCACACAGGUAGUGGCCAUCCGUAGGGAAUCGGAAGUUAUUACAGAUAGGACGGUCAAGCGGAACGAGGUCUUCCUGAGGCUGGGUUUGGACGCCGCCAAGUACUCUGUGUCAGAGAACAUAAACGAAGACACGGGGGCCAGAGCAUACACGCUGAAUCUGGCCCAGCCAACCUGGGUGGAUGCAGCGGAGUUCACCUUCUUGGUCUGCUGGAGAGCCUUGGGCAGAUGCAACGAGAGCAGAGUCGAGCUGGAGUCGGACCCCGCGAGUUUCUUCGUCAACUAUGUGCCCGGGGAGGCAUAUCCAAACUGCACCUCGGACGGGCUGGAGGUCGGCUCCCCAGGCGGGGACUGUAAGGUGCUUCUAGGGAGGCCCACCGUCCUGUCGUGUCAGUCGGAGAUUGGACGUCCCCCGGUCGAGCUGACCUGGGAGAAAGACGGUGUGAGGGUAAGCUCAGUGUCUGCUAACGAAGGGGCAUUCAGGUACGAGCGUCACACGUUCACUCCGUCCUUCGGAGACGAGGGGGCGGUGUUUGCCUGCAAUAUGACCGAUCUAAACCGAAGUUGUACUUUGGACAUAAAUGUCGUGUCCGCACCGGCGGUGACCAUCACAUACGAGAACACGAACGGCUACAUCAUCAUAGGAGGACGAGUCGUGUUCACUUGUUCAGCCACGACGGACACCUCGACUGUCGACGGCAUUGCAUGGACUGUUCCGCGGGAGCUACUCAACGCUACCGACCGGUAUGCCAUCAGUGGUGAUGAGUUUACCUUGAUACGAGCGGAGUUGUCGGAUGGUGGUCUCAGCCUUAAGUGCAGCGCGAAUGACACUGACGGCAUGGUAGGGUCUGCGUACGUGACCCUGAAUGUAAUAGACGCGGCUGACCUUCCAACAUAUUCUCCUACCGUACCCACCACUGCACCCAUUGUCAGGGCCACGACAGCCAAGCCGACAACCAGUCCGCCCCAAGAUUACACAGCCAUCAUCAUCGGCUCACUGUUCGGCGGAUUGCUCCUUGCUGUUCUGGUCGGUCUUGUCAUUGCGUUUUACUGCGGGCGGAGGCCGAGAAAGAAGCCAGUAGACCACCCCAGUCACGUGCAAAAGACAGCCAUUCGAGAGCAGCCAUCCCCAAAAGGGAAGCAGAGGAACAUCACGGCUAAUCAACAAACAUCCACCGUGAAGGAGGUACAGUUUGCCGAUAUCGACGACUGCGAUCCAGUGAGUUGUGAUGACCCGGACGUGAUCCCCAGGGGGAGCCGGAGCCGAUUGCAUUCUCCCGUGCGUGGGGAUUCACUGGAAAGGCAACAAUCGACUCCAUCACUCAAGAGGUUUGGGGAUGAUAUCCCUCUUCAAGAUCGAAAACUUUCUCCGACGAGCGACAAGUAUCGAUAUGAUGCCGACUACGAUCACACCACGGGUGGCUUCGAAGACGGGCAUUACAUCUAUUCUCGAGACCCAGAAAACGGCUCCCGUUACGAUGCCGACACCAGUGAGAAUCGAUCAGAUCACUAUCGUUACCAAGAUGACAGCGAUAGGCCGUACGAUGCAGAACAGUACGACUACGACAAUCGAGGUUAUGACGAAAACUAUGAUGGUGAGUAUGGCAGGGAGAAUCGUCGAGAUGGGACACAUGACAAUCGGUAUAAGGAUUACGACGACCAGGGGUGGUCAUCAGAUGAGGACGUUCACUCAUAUAACGAUCCAUACGACCAGGGACGGUACUCACCCAAUGAGAUCUACAACAGCGAGUUUACGAGAGGUAAAGAUAGGCGAUACGGUGACCGGUUUAGAGACUACGGAAGUGGAGACUCUGACCAGGACAGAGUUAGUGACACAUAUCACCACUCCCAUGACGAUGCUGGGUCAUAUGAUGCACGCUUUCCAAACGAGGUCAGUUUGGAGACAAAUCACCAAGAAGGUUACGAACAACACAGCCCACUGGACGUCGAUCACUGUGACACCGGGACGUACAACUUGCAUGUGCCAGAUACCGGGUGUAACGUCAAGUUUAGUUAUGUUUGAAACCUUCGCAAAAACCAUGAAAUUUACCGCUAAAAGUAACCCCACACAUCUAGAAGCGUAUUGGUUUGACAAAUUUUUCUCCUGCACGUAGCCAGUUCCUUGUUAACAUCAACAUUCACCCACCCAGAGCAAAAAAAUUCCGUCAUCCCAGUUAUAAAAGCGUGU